AUGCCCGGUUCUUAUGAAGCUGUACCAAUUUUGGAGAAGUUUCCUCUACAAAUCCAGAUUGGGUCCAUAGCCUGCUAUGAGGAUGUACUUUUAGUUGGAACAAAACAGGGUCACCUUUUGCAGUAUAAAAUCAGUAAAGACAAAGACAAAGCUGAGAACAAGUUUAUGGUCAAGCUAGAAGGUUCAAAUAAAUCAUUUGCAAAGAAACCAAUCACCCAGCUUUCUGCCAUCACAGAUGAAGAAUAUAUUCUGGUUAGUUUAUCUGACAAUGUAAUUAGUGUCCAUGACUUGUCAACUUUUGGAUUGCUCACGACAAUCUCCCGUACAAAAGGAGCUACACUUUUCUCUGUGGAAGUCAAGAAACUUGAAGAAGGUGAUAUAUAUCAAACACAACUCAGGUUAUGUGUGGCCGUCAAAAAGAAAAUUCAGCUGUAUUACUGGAAAAAUCGAGAAUUUCGGGAGAUGCAAGCUGAUUUAUCUCUUUAUGACACGCCUCGAGCCAUGACGUGGUGCAAUGAUUCCAUAUUUGUUGGUUUCAAGAGAGAUUAUUUUGUUAUUAAAAUAAAUGAUGGUAAACGGAAGGAACUUUUCUCUUUAGGGAGUAAACAAGGUGACCCUUUGGUUUCCAAAUUAACUGAUAGCCAGGUCAUUCUAAGCAGAGAUGAAAUGUCCAUCUUUAUGGAUGAAGAUGGUUCACCUAGCCAGAAAUAUCCACUUCAGUGGACAGACAUUCCAGUUGCAGUGGUCCAUGACCCUCCAUAUAUCAUUGCCGUUCUUCCCAAAUAUGUAGAAGUGCGGACAAUACAACCUCGUUUGCUGAUCCAGAGUAUUGAAUUAGCCAAGCCCAAAUAUAUUUGCAUUGGAAGUGGACUGGUCUAUGUUGCAUCCAAUAAUCAUUGCUGGAGGUUGACGAAAUUACCAAUUUCAGUACAAGUUAAUGAUCUUGUUCGAAUGAAAGAAUUUGAACUGGCUUUACGUCUUGUGGAGGAGAAUAUGGACACCGAAUCAGAAUCUGAAAAGCUGCAACGUAUGCAGAAGAUCAAGAACCGUCAUGCCUUACAUUUGUUUUGCCAGCACCAAUUUGAAGCAUCUAUGAAACUCUUCAUGACAUUAGACACUGAUCCUUGUCAUGUGAUUGGCCUCUUCCCUAACUUGCUGCCCUCAGAUUACCACAAAGAUCUCACCUACCCAGAAAGCAUCCCUGAAUUGGAUGGAGGAGAAUUGGAAACAGCCUUAUUAGCCCUCAUUGAUUAUCUUAACGAAAAAGGUUAUCGCAUAAAGAAUCAUUCAGGAAAUGAAAUCACAACAAGUGCCAUUGGAGACAUGAAUCGAACAAUUACGUCUAAGCAGCAAAUUGCACAGAUUAUUGAUACCACUUUGCUCAAAUGUUACAUUGAGACUAAUGAUGCCCUGGUAGCAUCCUUUCUUCGUCGAGUGGACAACCAGUGCCACAUUGAACAAAGGAUUACACUCAAAAGCUUUGGGGUUGUUAAUGAACCAAGCCACUCGACCAUCGUCCACUCUUUAUGGCCUAGAACGAAUCAUAGAAUAUCUUCAACAUUUGGCGCUGUUUCUUUUUCUUUUUUUCAAUUAUUAUUCUCUUUUCUUCUCUACUUUUCUUUUUUGGGUAUCAUGUUUUUUUUUUUUGUUUUUCAAUUUCUCUUUUUCUUUCUUUCCUUUUUUCUUUCUUUCCUUUUUUCUUUCUUUCCUUUUUUCUUUCUUUCCUUUUUUCUUUCUUUCCUUUUUUCUUUCUUUCCUUUUUUCUUUCUUUUUUUUUUUCUUUCUUUCCUUUUUUCUUUCUUUCCUUUUUUCUUUCUUUUUCUUUUUUUUUUCUUUCUCUUUUUCUCUCUCCUUUUUCUCUCUCUCCUUUUUCUCUCUCCUUUUUCUUUUUCUUUUCUUUUCUCUUUUUUUCUUUUUCUUUUCUUUUCUUUUCUUUCUUUUUUUUCUUUCUUUUUUUUUUUCUUUUUUUCUUUUCUCUUUUCUUUCUUUUCUUUUCUUUUCUUUUUUUUUUUCUUUCUUUUCUCUUUUUCUUUCUUUUCUUUUUCUUUCUUUUCUUUUUUUUUUUCUUUUCUCUUUUUUCUUUUCUUUCUUUUCUUUUCUCUUUUUCUUUCUUUCUUUUCUUUUCUCUUUCUUUCUUUCUUUUCUUUUCUUUCUUUCUUUUUCUUUCUUUCUUGUCUUAUCUCUUUUCUUUUUCUUUCUUUUCUUUUCUUUCUUUCUUUUCUCUUUUCUUUCUUUCUUUCUUUUCUUUUCUCUUUUUUUUUUCUUUCUUUUCUUUUCUCUUUUUUCUUUUUCUUUCUUUUCUCUUUUUUUCUUUCUUUCUUUUCUUUUUUUUUUUCUUUCUUUCUUUCUUUUCUCUUUUCUUUCUUUCUUUCUUUUUUUUUUCUUUCUUUUUUCUUUUUCUUUCUUUCUUUUCUUUUCUCUUUUUCUUUCUUUCUUUUCUCUUUUUCUUUCUUUCUUUCUUUUCUCUUUUUCUUUCUUUCUUUCUUUUCUUUUCUCUUUUUCUUUCUUUCUUUCUUUUCUUUUCUCUUUUUCUUUCUUUCUUUCUUUUCUUUUCUCUUUUUCUUUCUUUCUUUUCUUUUCUCUUUUUCUUUCUUUCUUUUCUUUUCUCUUUUUCUUUCUUUCUUUUCUUUUCUCUUUUUCUUUCUUUCUUUUCUUUUCUCUUUUUCUUUUCUUUUCUCUUUUUCUUUUCUUUUCUCUUUUUCUUUUCUUUUCUCUUUUUCUUUUCUUUUCUCUUUUUCUUUCUUUUCUCUUUUUCUUUCUUUUCUCUUUUUCUUUCUUUUCUUUCUUUUCUUUUUUCUCUUUCUUUUCUUUUUUCUCUUUUUCUUUCUUUCUUUUCUCUUUUUCUUUCUUUCUUUCUUUUCUUUUCUCUUUUUCUUUCUUUUCUUUUCUCUUUUUCUUUCUUUCUUUCUUUUCUCUUUUUCUUUCUCUCUCUUUUUCUUUCUUUUUUUCUCUCUUUCUUUUUUUCUCUCUUUUUCUUCCUUUCUCUUUUUCUUUCUUUGUCCAAACUAUGUAAGCGUAAUCUUUGAAUAUGCUGAAAAUGUAAUCCAUAAAGAUCCUAUUGAUGGACUUAGAAUUUUCACUGAAGAUUUACCAGAAGUGGAAUCAUUACCUCGUGAUAAAGUUCUUGAAUUUUUGGAUAAAAAUUUUGACAGUAAUGUGAAGAUUCCUUAUCUUGAACAUGUCAUAACCCAUUGGAAUGAGACCAAUACAGAUUUCCACAACAGACUUGUCAAUUUAUACAGAGAAAAAGUCCACAAACUCAGGCCAGAAUAUAUCAGUAGUCUUCCUGAAUCGGAAAUCCCCAAAAAAGCUGGUGAGGAACCUGGGGAAUUAGGCAUAUAUCGAAAGAAACUCAUUAAAUUCUUGGAAACGUCACAGAAUUACACCCCUGAAAGGUUGUUAUCGUAUUUUCCACUUGAUGAUUUUUAUGAGGAGCGGGCUAUCCUUCUCGGUCGACUUGGACGGCAUGAACAAGCAUUAGCGAUUUAUGUCCACGUUUUGGAUGACCAGCGUUCAGCAGAAGAGUAUAUAUUCACUUCUCUCCAUUUCUUGCUCUUUUUCUCUCUCUCCCCCAUUUCUCCUCUUUUUCCUCUCUCCACCCCCCCCAGGUUUCUCUCUCUUUUUCUCUCUCCCCCUCUUUCUCCCAUUUCUCUUUCUCUCUCUUUUUCUCUCUCUCUCUCUCCUGCCCCCGUUUCUCUCUCUUUUUCUCUCCACCCCCCCAUUUCUCUCUUUUCUCUCUCUCCUGCCCCGUUUCUCUUUUCUCUCUCCCCCCCCUGUUCUCUCUUUUCUCUCUCUUUUUCUCUCUUUUUCUCUCUCCCAGGUUUCUCUCUUUUUUCUCUCUCCCUGCCCCAGGUUUCUCUCUUUUUCUCUCUCCUGCCCCCUCUCUCUUUUCUCUCUCCUUUCUCUCUCUUUUCUCUCCCCCUGGUUUCUUUCUCUCUCUGCCUCUCUCCUGCCCAUUUUCUCUCUCUCCCCCCAGGUUUCUCUCUCUUUUCUCUCUCCUCCCCCAGGUUUCUCUCUCUUUUUCUCUCUCCUCCCCCAGGUUUCUCUCUCUUUUUCUCUCUCCUCCCCCAGGUUCUUUUUCUCUCCCCCCCAUUUUUUUCUCUCCUCCCCAGGUUUCUCUCUCUUUUUUCUCUCCUCCCCAGGUUUCUCUCUCUUUUUUUUUUCUCCCUCCCCCAGGUUUCUCUCUCUUUUUUCUCUCUCCCCCCAUUUCUCUCUCUUUUCUCUCCCCCCCAGGUUUCUCUCUUUUUUUUCUCCCCUCCCCAGGUUUCUCUCUUUUUUUUCUCCCUCCCCCAUUUCUCUCUCUUUUCCCAGGUUUCUCUCCUCCCCAUUUUUUUUCCCUCCCCCCCAUUUCUCUCUCUUUUUUCUCUCCCCCCCCCUGUUUCUCUCUCUUUUUUUUCCCCCUCCCCCAGGUCUCUCUUUUUUUUCUCCUCCCCAGUUUUCCCUUUCUUGCUCUUUUUCCCCCCUUCCCCAUAUUGUAUUAGCCAUUAUGAUGACGAUAAAGAAGGGAGCAAAGAUGUUUACUUGCAUCUUCUAAAGAUGUACCUCCAGCCACCUGAUCCUACAACCCUGGGUAUCAUGUCCAAACAUGUGCCUGAAGUGAAGGCUCAAAUUGAACCUGCUUUGCAUAUAUUAGACAAACAUGCUGUUAAAAUUGACACUACAAAGGCUUUGGAGCUGUUACCCCCAAGUACAAAAAUCAGUGAUAUUCUUAAUUACCUGGAAAACUUAAUAGAAAAGAAAGCUGCCCGAAGACGAAAAUGUAUGCUUCUGCGGAACAUUCUCUAUGCUGAAAAUGCUCUGUGGUUUUCCUUGUACCCCUCCUGUGACAAGCAUACUCUCCUCCUCUUUCUGCCCCUUACAAGUCUGACUCAUUCUAAUGGCCCAGGUUCGUUUGUCUGUGUGGGGAGGUAG